GCGGAGAAUAAAAUAGUUGAGAAGUCGGGGGUGGAUUUGAAGGGAUGAAGAUGAUCCUGGUGGUGGGGAUAAAACUGAUAACGCCAGGAUGAGAAUCGGGAGAAGACAGGAAACACUUGAGGCGCUUGGACCCUAGUGUGGACUUUUAAUCCGCUCGGACAAGAGAUCUCUUCGGGGCAGUCCCUUUCGCAGAAGACAUAAUCCAACCCUUUCCAAGCUCGUGCGAUAAAAGAUAUCUGACAAUCGCAGCAAAGAUGAGCCGACUCUGCAUUUUUGUAUUCCUCGCAGUCUGCGCCCUGUGGACAGUCGGGGAGACCGUCUCCUGCGACCAGUGCGGGCGAGAAUGUGUAACCAGUUGUGGCACACGUCAAUUUCGUGCUUGCUGCUUCAACAAUUUGAAGAAACGAGCACCUAAUCUGGGAUUGAGACUUUGGCUUGCACCUCCCAAAGACUCUGGACAUCUCCAACUCGUGUAUGACUCGUAAAUAGAUACUUUAACGUAUUGGCUUAUCAACGAUACACCGUACAUGGUCUACAUAAUUAUUCGCUCUGUUCAAAAAUAUUAACAUCACUGAUGUCUUGUCAUAUUUUCAUUACAAUUAGUUAAUUUUGUGUAAGAAGCAUGUUUGGUAAUACAAAUGUCUUGGAAGCAAAAGAUUCGAAGACGAAAUUAAAAAAAAAGAUUGUUUCUAUACUUACGAAAUGCGUAAACAAUUAACAAAUUAUCAAAUCCUUGUUGGAAUUCGAUUGUAGAUGAAUUUUUAAUUUUAUCCCGAUUUGAAAGUAGAUGAAGGAACAUAAGGUAAUCUUCAAUUAAAAUAAACUUUUAAUAAAAGUCAUUUUCUUCAUACUCCAGCUUUCAAGUUCUUUCGUCAAUAUCAGGAAUAAAGGUAUUUACGAAUUAAAUGGAUAGAUUCAAUUGAAGU